AUGGUGCAACCAGCAGUAGAUGCCAAGGUGUUGGACGUCCACGCACCAUCAGAGAAAAAGGUCGUCAGAGACUGCCCUGCUUGGUACAGCAAAAUUGGUGCCAGACAGUGGCUCAUCGUCAACCCAAUACAGUGCAGGUCCAGGUGCAAGUGUUUUGGAGCAAACGGUUCAAGAGACACUGUUGGAUAUGGGACUGCGCAGCAGAUAUCCCACUCGUGUGUGUCUCUUGACCAAGCAACUUCAUCUAUAUGUCCUACUUCAGCUGAAACUUUGGUACAUACUACUUCUGAAAGCCUCAAUACCUCUAACAGCGAUCAACAAUCUGAUUUCUUAAUUGGACUUUAUGAAGAAGCUAAAGCUUUAAAAUCUGAUGCCCAUCGUCAAAGAGCAUUGAACCUUAUUCGAGAUCUUGUUAUAAGUGAGAGAAAUGACCCAGAUUCAAUCACUCAGAAUAAAAUUCGGAAUGAUCAGUCAGCUAUAUCUAACAAGUCAGAAACAAAUACUAAUGCAGUUUCUGUUCAGACAAUGGAUAAUUCACUUGUUGAAACAAGUAAUUAUCUUACUGAACCUAAUGAAGCUGAAAAACCUUUAACAAGAAUAUCUUCCGAAAGCAAUGUGCCUUGGAGCAGCCAGAAUCUACCAACUGCUGCUAUAACACCUCUUAGUAAGCAUGCCACUUCACAAUCUGCUUCAACAGGAGCCAUCAGAAAGAAAUCUAAACAUCAGAGUGCCACCUUUGAAGAUACACUAACAAGUACACAUGCAUGUUCAUAUGAAUCCCUUCAGAGUGAUUCUGUUUGGGAAAAUAUAGAGCAUACAUCCAUGAUACCAAACGGUAGACUUCCAUGUGAUUUUCCUGGAACAGUAGUUGAGAAUAUUCUUGUUGAUCUUCAGUCAGCAUUGCCUUUUGGACAGCUUUGCUUGUUGGAAGACUCAGCCAGCUUCUGGGCAGCUGUAACUUCAUAUAUUAUUUACAGAAUAAGAGUUCAUAUAAAUAUACCACUUUCUCAGAAAGCUCUGACCUCACUUCGACAGGCUCUAGACCAUGCUUUGGCACGAUUUACUGGAGCUAAUUUUUGUGACUGUGAGGCCGAUUUCCUAAAAUGCAUUGCUGAAUUUUUAUAUGAGAGUUUAUCAUGUUUUGUAUCUACUGGAAGGUUUACUUCCAACACUAUAUAUUCUUCUGCUCCUGAUGAUGAAACUUCUGUUUUGGAUGUGGAUGAUAAAAUUCCUGAGCUCACUGUUAAAAUGCCAAUGGAUGCUGAUGAUAAGACUCAUGAAUUAUGCAUCAGCAUGCCAACUGAAGAGAAUGAUGUAUAUUCUUCUCAAUUUAGAUCUGUUUUGCUACAAAAUGUUAUUAAUGGUGCCGGAGCUGAAGGAAAUUUAAAUCCUCAAGUAGAUGUUCAGCCUAAUGGUGCUGUUGGAUCUGAAGAUGAUGCUAGAUGUGAGUGUCAUCCUGAAGCAGAAGCAGAGCCUGAAGUAGAAGCAGGCACAGAAGCUGAUUUGGCUGAAGCUGAUCAGUCACCUGGACAGCAAGGAGCUGUAGGAGUUUCUGCAUCCAUUCCUCUUACUGCAAGUGAUAACUGGUCUUUUGAUCAAGCAGCUGUUGUACUAGGUCGAAAUGUGAAUAUUUCUAAUACUGCUGUUGUUUCAAAUAAUGAAGAUGUUAGUGGAAUAUCUGAUGAUGCUUCAGAAAUAUUGCUAGGUGCUCAGUUCUGCUCUGAUAUCUGUGUUCCUGUAGUCAUCUUUGAUGAUAUUCCUACUAAACUAAGUCCAUGUUCUGAGGAGGAACCUCAGAGAACACCAAAAGAAGAAACAGUUAAUCCAGGCAGGUCAGAAGAUGAAAAUGAAAUUGGUGAAUUUUCUGCUGAAAACAACUGUGAAAAUGAACAAAAUAGUCUAAAGUGAAUUUUUUAGACUGUGUUUCUAAGUACAUUCUUUUGUUCUUGUUCCAACAUCUGUUAAGUUUGGUAUUAUCUAUGUUAUACAUGUAUUAGAAGUUUCCGUUCUUCAUUUGAACUUUUCAUUUAAAACAUGCUCGUAAGUGCAUGUUAAGAUUGUUCCUCUAUUUGUACUUCUCCCCUUUAUUUUCCUGUAGUUUUGUUUCUUAGUUAUAUAAUUUGUGUUUUUUAUGUAGCAGAAUAAGUAUGUAGUAUUUUUUAAAUAAAUAAUUUUUU